AUGGCCUUAGUAUUUAGAACUGUGGCACAAUUAGCUGGCAUUUUGUUAUCUCCGCUGGGAUGGGUUUUAUCCUGUCUUACAAACUACCUGCCACACUGGAAGAACCUCAACCUGGAGCUAAAUGAAAUGGAGAACUGGACCAUGGGACUCUGGCAAACCUGUGUCACCCAAGAGGAACUAGGAGGAUGUCUGCUCAGCUGUGCAGCCUGCUCUGGCCAAGCUCCUCUAGCUUCAGGCCACUAUGUGGUGGCUGAGAUGCAAGAUCAUUGCCAAAAACUGGAGAUGAAAAGCACCAAUCUGAAAAUCUAA